CUCAAGUUAUUUUUUUAAAAAUUAAAUAAAUAAAUAAAUAUAUAAAUUAUUUGAUUUACUUCAAUGUAACAUGAUAACACAAUUUUUCUCAUAUUAGAAAAUCUGUUUUUUUGUAAAUUCUUUUAUUACACAUGCUUUUCUUACUAUGGCUCAUUUUUAAUCUCAACCUAUUACUACUUGUCGAUCGAGUUAUUUCAGCUACUCUAAUCCCUUAUACAUCCAUCAACAACAACAUAUCAAGGUCAAUCUACUAUUGUAGAUACACAGGAGGUUACCUCCCAAUCCUGCUCUAUUUAAACACUAGUUGUGCUCAAUGUUUUGCUUUCAUAUUUCCCGACCACGACCUAAGAUUAUACGAACAUUGGUUGGUUCAUAAGCUCGAUCUCCCGAAACUCACCUUAGAUCCUCAUAGCAUAUCCAAAAAAAACAUGGUUCAAGGUCGCUUUGAUAUAACUAAUCAUAACUCAGCUCGCGAUCACAUGAUCCAGAUCAACUCGGACAUAAAAUUUUAUGACCCAGAUUUCGAAAAUCUAAAAUCCCCGGUUUUUGACUAUUUUAGAAAUGACCUGGAGAAAAAGUCUUGGAUAGAUUGUUGCAAAGCGGCCAAGGACUGUUGUGAUACUCAUAAAAUCGAAUCCCACAUGUUAACGCCACCCGCUUUCGAUUCGCUCAAUUACUCUGCUAACUCUGCAUGCCCUGCAACAUGGGAUGGUUGGUUAUGCUGGUCUACUUCCAAAGUCAAUAAUAUUAUUUUGAUGCAAUGCCCCAAUUAUAUACACGGCGGGAAAUUUCACAUAUCUCUUGGUGCCAAAGCUACUAAAUUAUGUCAAACCAACAAUACUUGGUUUAAGGUAUUUGAUCCAUCUCAAAAUGCUUACAAAGAAUGGAGCAAUUACUCGCAGUGCCUUAAGAUUGAUCUAUACUAUAGACGACAAUAUGUUCGGAUCGUUGCUUAUAUUAUAAGCAUAUUGGCCAUUCUUCCAGCACUCUUCAUAUUUAAAAUCUUCAGGUUGGUCAGAUGUACCCGUGUUGUACUACACGAAAAUCUUAUGGUUUCAUUUUUAUUAAGAGGUAUCACAGUCAUUAUUUUCGAUAGUCUCUACAUUUCGCAACAGAAUAAAUGGGAUGAAUCCAUAGGCAUAUCCGCGAAAUGGUGUAAUUACUUCGCGUUUCUCAACAAAUAUCUUUUGAUAACGACUUAUUGUUGGAUGUUUAACGAGGGAGUGUAUCUGUACAACAUAUUAAUAUUCGCUUUAAAUGUCAAGGAUUCCAUAAAAUUGUAUUUAGCCUUUGGUUGGGGUUUUCCACUUAUACCUUUAGUGAUAUACGUUGGAUUGAAAUGGUCUCGCGACCAUUUAGGAUGUUGGAUAAUGACGGCAUCUCUUACCGAUUGGGUCAUAAAUAGCAUAUGCAUCAUAAUAUUGCUCAUCAAUGUCAUAUUUUUGAUUCAAAUAAUCAAGAUUAUCGUUGUCAAACUUAAAUCUGGGCAACAAAAAGAACAUCUUUGGUACAGACAAACGCUCAAGGCCGUCUUAUUUUUAGUGCCAUUAUUUGGAAUCCAGAUUCUAUUAACUUUAUAUCGUCCUCCUUUAACAAACGGAUUUUUGGAGGUGUACCACAUCUUGAAUUCGCUGUUAGAAGGGCUACAAGGAUUUUCGGUUGCAUUGAUACUCUGUUAUCUAAAUGGAGAAGUAAUAAAUAAAUUUCGAACCCGCUUAAGAAAGGAAUCUGAUGGGGCAAAUUGUCAUAGAUCUCUAAUACCCGGCAGUAUCUCAAAAAUUAUUAAUGAGCCAAUACCAUUGUGUACAUAAAAAAUCGUUUCGUUUUUAAAAAAUCGUAUUAUAUUUUUAACAUUAAUUUUUAUUGUAAUAAACCUUUUAAAAUAUUUUAUAACUUUUUUUUUACUAAACAAUUUUUUAAUUC